ACAAUAACUGAUGAACAAAAGAUUAAAGAUAUCUUACUAAAAGCAUGCAAUUAAAUUUCGUUUCAGCUCAUGCAUGCAGUAGAGUAAAUUGUGCAAAAUAGUAGCGAUUAGACAAUAGAAAGCGCUUUAGUUGCGUUCACUGUAAUGACAAUGAAAUAAAUGGGAUUACGUAACUGGACUUCGCACCACAAGRAAAGAGUAUUGUUCUUUCCCUUUUUUAUCUGAAAUGUUUAUUUUAUUUGCAAAGCUGGAACCUCCCCUUUUUACAGAAGAAUUGAAAAUCGUUAGGCUUAAGUUUGUUAAAAUAAAGAUAGAGUCAUCAUUCCAGCAAGACUCUUUUGUUAGACUAAAGUUUUAGGUUGCCUUUUGUUAAAUAUUGCUAUAAAGGAGCCGAUAACCAUUCAGUCAUAAUGUAAGCUUUUUCAAAUGGUAAAAUGGCAYAAUUCUGGCGACCAUUCGAAGAACUUGAAACGGUCCAACAUCAACCACCAGUGAGUCAGAAUUCAGUUCCAUCAGCCAAGAAAUCUAGACGUUUACCUAUUUCAGAGRAAGAACGAGUARUUGUACUUGAGACUUACGCAAUAUUUUCAGGGUGGGAUGAGAUACUCCAACACGUCAAGCAGCGCAUUAAUGUUCGUGGUAAUAGAAAUAUAAAAGAGUAUUAUUCAAGUACAGCACGAGAGGCUAUCAUUAAAAGGAUUCGCCGAAUCGUAAGCCAAAAUGUUGCGGUGGCUCAGAGAGUUCCAAAUCAACAGGAUCACACAUCCGCUACGCAAUCGGUCCGAAUGUCCCAGACCAUCUUAGAGGCUAAGACAAGAUAUUCAACUAAAAGCAGUCCAGAAGAAAGAGCAAAGGCGAAGUUCAGUUWCGCAAAUCUGGAUGAUGAUUCCGAGGAAGAGGAGGAAGAAGAAAUCACAGUSCAAGCCAACUCUGCUGUAAAAGAGCCAGCCUCGUCACAGGAUGCCGCAGUGGGAAAAUGUAAGAAGAGGAAGAAAUCUAAAGGAAAGUCGAUGGCUGCAAACAAGGCGCACACCGAAAUGUGUUCAAAGGCCAUGAAAAUGAUGGACAGAAUUGAUACAUUUUUGAAUAGAUUUGAAAGUGAAGACGAAACAGAUUGAAAAAAGUUUAAAAAAAAGAUUGAGACUUAACGCAAUUUGGCUGUUUUGUUAGCUGUAGGUACAUUGUAUUCAGUCUUGAAAAUACAACAAUAAACAUAUCAAA